AUGGCAGAGAAGAUCUCCAUACUAAUCGUCGUGGUUGACCUUGAUUGCCACAAGUGCUACCACAAGAUCCGCAAGAUUCUUUGCAAGCUCCAAGACCAUGAGAGGAUCCGGACGAUCUCCUUCGACAACAAGAGCAAGACGAUCACCAUCGUGGGGCCGUUCGACCCGCAGCGGCUCGCCUGCAAGCUCCGCUGCAAGGGCGGCAAGGUGAUCAAGGACGUCCACAUCGUCGACACCAACGGCGGCGGCGGGAAGCCUCCUCCGGAGAACAUGCCAGACGGGCCAACCGCGCCGGCGCCAGCGCCAGUGGGGAAAGGAAAGAAAAAGAAAAAGGAGAAGCAGCCGCCGCCACCGCCCACCGAGCGGCCUCCGCCGCCGGAGCAGGCACCGGGACCUCCGCCCGAGACGAUGAUGCCGCCUCCGUCAUCCCCGGCCCACCACCCGCCUCCGCCUGACGAGGGAAUGUCCGCGAUGGUGCCCCAGCCGCACUACGUCGAGGAGAAGCCGCCCAGAGCGGAGCUGGAGCCGCCGAUGUCGCCCCCACCCAAGGAGAUGCCGCCGAUGAAGCCGAUGGACAUGGCCAUGCCGGUGCCGCAACACCACCCGCCGCCGCCGUGCCCGGGGCGGCCGCUGGAGCAGCCGGUGGAGGAGUACGUGAUCCCGACGGUGGAGAUCCCGUCGUGGCCCGCGCCGCCCGUGGGGCCGUGUGGGUGCCCGUGCUGCGCGCCCUGCCACCAGGGCUACUACGGCAGCUGCAGGUGCGGCUGCUGCGGCGGGGUGUACGGGACAACCGUGAGGCCGUUGCCACCGCCGUGCGGUGCGUACAGGGGCUGCCGGACGUUCAGUGACGACGACCCGGCGGCGUGUAGCAUCAUGUGA